GUCCUUCAUGUAUUACAUCUACAUAUGUAAAUUGCUAAUGUUAGCACGGUAGAAGUGCUAACAUGUUAGCACCUAUCUUAAUAGUGGUGUUUAAUACGUGUCUAACUAUGAUAAAUGGUUAAAAAUGCUACCAUGGUAAUGUUAGCAGUUGGCAUGCUAAAACCUAGUAUGAACCUUUUAUGCAAGUGUCUAUACCUAUGAAAAUGGCUAAAAAUGCUACAAUUAUAAUGUUAACAUGCUAGUCAUGCUAACACCUAGCAUGUUCUGUGUUCAUCUAUGUCUACCCAUGAAAAUAGCUAAAAAUGCUAGUAUGCUAACAGCAUGCAAACAAUGCUAACACCUAGUGUGAUAGUGCCCCGUGUUUGUAUGUCUACCCAUGAAAAUAGCUAAAAAUGCGAGUAUGCUAACAUUAGCAUGCAAGCAAUGCUAACACCCAGUGUGAUAGUGCCCGGUGUUUGUAUGUCUACUCAUGAAAAUAGCUAAAAAUGAUAGUAUGCUAACAUUAGCAAUGCUAACAUGCUAACACCUAGCAUGAUAGUGCUCCGUCUCUAUAUAUGUAUAUGUGUGUACCCAUGAAAAUAGCUAAAAAUGCUAGUAUGCUAACUUUAGCAUGCAAGCAAUGAAAACACCUAGUGUGAUAGUGCCCCGUCUUUGAAUGUCUACCCAUGAAAAUAGCUAAAAAUGAUAGUAUGCUAACACCUAGCAUGAUAGUGCCCCGUGUUUAUAUACACUAUAUUACCAAAAGUAUUUGCUCACCUGCCUUGACUCACAUAUGAACUUAAAUGCCAUCCCAUUCCUAACCCAUAGGGUUCAAUAUGAUGUCGGUCAACCUUUUGCAGCUAUUACAGCUUCAACUCUUCUAGAAAGGUUGUCCACAAGGUUGAGUGUCUUUAUAGAAAUGUUUGACCAUUCUUCCAAAAGCGCAUUGGUGAGGUCACACACCGAUGUUGGUCGAGAAGGCCUGGUUCUCAGUCUCCGCUGUAAUUCAUCCCAAAGAUGUUCUAUGGGGUUCAGGACAGGACUCUGUGCAGGCCAGUCAAGUUCAUCCACACCAGACUCUGUCAUCCAUGUCUUUAUGGACCUUGCUUUGUGCACUGGUGCACAGUCAUGUUGGAAGAGGAAGGCACCCGCUGCAAACUGUUCCCACAAGAUUGGGGGCAUGGAAUUAUCCAAAAUGUUUUGGUAUCCUGAAGCAUUCAAAGGUCCUUUCACUGGAACUCAGGGGCCAAGCCCAACUCCUGAAAAACAACCCCACACCAUAAUUCCGCCACCAAAUUUCACACUUGGCACAAUGCAGUCCGAAAUGUACCGCUCUCCUGGCAACCUCCAAACCCAGACUCGUCCAUCAGAUUGCCAGAUGGAAAAGUGUGAUUCAUCACUUCAUAGAACGCGUCUCCACUGCUCUAUAGUCCAGUGGCGGCGUGCUUUACACCACUGCAUCCGGUGCUUUGCAUUGCACUUGGUGAUGUAUGGCUUGGAUGCAGCUGCUCGGCCAUGGAAACCCAUUCCAUGAAGCUCUCUGCGUACUGUACUUGGGCUAAUCAUGAAGUUUGGAGUUCUGUAGCAAUUGAUUGUGCAGAAAGUCGGCGGCCUCUUUGCACUAUGCGCCUCAGCAUCCGCUGACCCCUCUCUGUCAGUUUAGAUGGCUUCGUGGCUGAGUUGCUGUUGUUCCCAAACGCUUUCAUUUUCUUAUAUUAAAGCUGACAGUUGACUGUGGAAUAUUCAGGAGCGAGGAAAUUUCACGAAUGGAUUUGUUGCACAGGUGGCAUCCUAUGACAGUUCCACGCUGAAAUUCACUGAGCUCCCGAGAGCGGCCCAUUCUUUCACAAAUGUUUGUCAAAACAGUCCGCGUGCCUAGGGGCUUGAUUUUAUACACCCGCAGCCAGGCCAAGUGAUUAGGACACCUAAUUCUCAUCAUUUGGAUGGGUUAGCAAAUACUUUUGGUAAUAUAGUGUAUGUGUCUACCCAUGAAAUUAGCUAAACAUGCUAGUAUGCUAACAUCAGCAUGCUGGCAUUCUAACACCUAGAAUGAUAGCACAAUGAACCGGGAAGGAUAAAAGUCCUGGAUGAGCUGAGAAUUUUGACUUUGGAAUCCGUUGAGAAAUGUGGAAGUGGUUAGAAGUCUUUAGAUCAAAGGCCUUUUGCAUUCCGAAAAAUGGGACUAUCAAGAAAAGUGUGAAUUCUUGCUAUAGGGAAAAUGGCAUGAAAGUUAAUUGGGUAGUUGACUGCUUUGAUGUUGGAACGGUCUUAACGGGUGGAGAAAUGUGGAAGGAGCUAAAACUCUUUGGAUCAAAGGCAUUUUGCGUUCCGGAAGAAAAAAAUGUGGGAAUGUUUGUGCUGUGGCGAAUAGCAUGAAUGUCCAGACUUUGUUGAAGUGUAUUUAGAAGGCAGUAACAGGUUUUAUAUGCGCUUAACUACCAAAUUACCCCAUUUGUAAAUAAGGAAGCCUGCUUGGUGGAAAUGCACUGAUCACACCGCCAUGAAUAAGGAAUUACUGUCUGUUUUGUUAAUUUCAUUGUUUUGAAUUUCCUUGGACUCAGCGGGGGUAUUCUCAACCAUCCCAGGCUUUGUGCUCAAGAUGCAACUCAACUAAACCUAAAUCCCCCAAACGGAAUUGAACGGUACUUUGACAGUGGUUGUCAACUUACUUUGUCAAGUCCGCUUUUUGGCUUUGUGCUGAGUGCGCGUUCGCAUUAAAGGGGGCGUUUGACGUCAUAUUAUUACACCUCCGCUGAAACAUGUAGCCAUCCCGGCUGGUGUAUUUUACAAAAAAUAGCAAGUUGUUCCCAAAACAUUAUGACUGCUGAAAGCACCACUGGCACCGCCUAUAGAGCGAGGGAGGACCGCUGGCAUGCCAGCACGCAGCAAGUUAACGCUGAUUGUUCCACUAACAAUAUCCAACUCGUCUUUUCAUUGAUCAACGCUCAACAUUGCACAACUUUGACUAUAUCGCUUAUAGAGGGAUAAUACCAGGGAAUGCUCCUUUAAAAAAAAAAAUAUAUAUAUAUAUAUAUAUAUAUAUUCUCCAUGUCCCCUCGGGAACCUCGUAGGUGCUCGGUGAAUGAGUGGCACGUUCACAGCCCAUUUUAAGCUGAAAGCCAUGAGUUAGCCUAAGUUACCAUGCUGGUACAGCUGCUUUAAAAGGAAGGUACCUUGGCUGAACAGGCAAGCUUUCCGGCUUUCCACUCAACACAGCUCGCUAACCCACCAACCUCCCCCCCAAUCAUUGUACGCUAAUCCCUCGUUUACAGUGUUCUUUAUUUAAAAAAUUUAAUACUUUGGUAAUUGGAGCAUUGAUAACCUGCUUAGCAACUUCUAAAGAGACUUUUUAACAUUAUUAGAGCCCUCUAGACAUGAAAUAACACCCCCAUAGUCACGCUUGCGCUCCUAUUACCCAAUAUAGUAGAGAUAAGAGAAAAUAAGACAUAGACACUAAAGACACUUUUUAACAUGAUUACAGAUAAAUAAGAUACAAUAUAGACUCACAUAAUAGCAUUAGGAAAGUUCUGUGUUCUUUUUAUAUUUCCGUUCUGUACAAUACUUCCUGCGGUGGCUAUUGUGUCAUCAAUGUCACAUUACUGACCCCUAGUGACCAGUGUACAAUCCUACACAUCAUCACAACCUCUUCGAAUGCGUUUACUGAAUGCCUUUCAUUUCUGGUUUAUGUCAUUUAGCCACUUUUAUGUUCGAAAAUGCUGAAUUCGGACUCCCAAACAUGUGAAACUUGCUUAAUUAUGUGUUUUUUAAACCACAGAACAGAAUGAUUUAUGAAUGGAUUUUUGAACGACUGAGAGUGAAGCUGUGAAAUUCAAUGUGCCAAAUUGCAAGGGAUUACUGGAUAUAUAUUUUUACAGUUUUUGAUUACUUUCUGGAUAAAUCACGUAGCUACAUCAUAUUUUCACAAUAGCUUCUGUGGAGCUGAUUUUUUUCUUUUUUUUAAGUUAAUAGGCGUUUUUCCAUCGGGAAUGUUUUGAAACCAAAGAUGCGGUUGCCAUGGGCGGUGCAGUUCCGAGUGAAGCCAGAGGGGGUGCAAAAGCGUCAAGAAAAACAAAACGGGGGUGUCGGUGUUGUCUUGUCGACGUCUGUGGGCGUCUUCAAUGUCUCGCCGCAUCCCUGGAUGCUGUCAUUUGUCGGCGCCUCCCGCGGUGAAGCCUUCCUGUGUUGCUCUUUUAUCGGCUGCCUGGAAGCAUCCAGUCCGCUCCUCGCCUCUCAUCUUCGCCCGUGACAGCGGCCCCCUGCUGGGGGUGGAAGCGGUCCUCCCUCCGUCCACUUUUACAUUUCAUAGACACACGUGGAUCUCAUUUAAGGUGUGUGUGUGUGGGGGGGGGAAGUGUCCUUUUACGAUGGAGGAGUCAAGUUUGUGAGACGCCAGCUGAGGCUGUGUCAACGUGUGUCCAUUCAGAGGACUGCUGGAGCCUGAAAUGUCUGAAAGGGACUGGAAAUGCAUCUCCUUGUCUGCUUGUUGCUCCUGGUCGUCACAACAGGUAGGAAAGUACCUUUACACUCCAUAUGGCACACCUGGAUAACUCGGAAAACGCAAUUUGUACGCCGUGACAUGUUAAACCGACACACGGACUUUACGGGGAAAUUACGAGGAUUAGAGACGCCAAUUAAGAUUGGUUGUGUGCAUUUUGGUUUUGACUAAACGGGGGAAAAACGCCCAGAUUUUUUUAAAUUAAGGGCUGAUACUUCGACAAGGAGGUUACGUUUUAGUCUCUUUUUAAGCAACUUCCGGUCUAGAGUUACACAGUGCACACUAAUUUAACAAGAAAACUAAAAGAAAAACACAAAAGUGGGAAAUUCUGUAGUCAUUUUACAAGAAUAAAGUCAAAAUGUUAAGAGGAGAAAAGAUGUAAUUUGACAAGAAUAAUUUGAAGGAAAAUAUCAUUUUGGUUGCAUUAAGGUGAAAAAUUAAAGAAAAAGUCGUUAUUUGUUUAAAAGUAGUACUAUUAUGGUGACCAAACAAAACAAUGAAUAAAGUUGUAAUUAAAAAAAAAUUGGUUGCAGAAAAGUUAUGUCACGAGGAUAAAGUCCAAAUACGAUUGGAAUAAAAAAUUGGGAAAAUUAACUAGGUAGAGGUUUCAAUACUGUAUUUGGAAAAUAAAAAAACACCAUAACAAUGGAAAAAAACGCUGUAAUUUUUCGAGAAUAAAGUAAAAAAAAUUAAGAGAAAAAAAAGAUGUUGCAUGGAAAAGUCAUUAUUAUUUUAAUUUACAAUAAAAAAAAAAAACAAACAGCAAAAGUGGAAAACGAGUCGUUUUACAAGAAUGAAGUCAAAAUAUAAAGUGAAAAAACAUGUUAUGCGAAAAAGCCGUACUUUUACAAGGAUAAUGUAAAAAUUUUAAGGAAAUAACAUCGUUUUAGUUGCAUAAAGUUGAAAAAUUUAAGAAAAAGAUGUUAUUUUUUAAAGUUAACCAAACAAAACAAUGAAGUUGUAAUUUUUUCAAAAGUUAGGUUGCAGAAAAAGUUAUGUUACGAGAAUAAAGUCCAAAUAUAAUGGGAAUCAAAAAUGAUUAAAAUUAACUAGGAAAAAGUUGAAAUAGUAGGAAAAUGUAAAAAAGAAGAAAAAAAAACGACCACGUUAACAGAUGGAAAGAUUAGAAGAUUAAAGUCAAAAUAUGAAGAGAAAAAAGUUGCAAUUUUACGAGAAUGAACUUGUAAUAUUAUGAGGAAAAACAAUAUAUCAUUUUAGUCGCAUAAAAUUCAAACAAAUAAAAAAUACCUUAUUUUUUCAUGAUAUGAGAAAAAAAACAAAAUAAAAUAAAGUGUUCAUUUUGGGAAAGUUAGGUUGGGGAUAAAGUUAUGUUACGGGAAUAAAGUAAAAGCAUUGUGGCAAUUAAGUCAGAAUAUUAUAAGAAGAUUAUUUAGAAACAAAACAAAAAUCAACAGCAAAAAUGGGGGCGAGGCAGAGAGUGACGCUGAUACUAAAAAUCGUCUUUUUCACCGAUAUCACGAAGCUGGGAUGCACUUUUUUCUUCAUUUGUACACUGGAUGAAAAUAUUAAGAGCAGUUGGAAAAGUGCAAGAAUGUACAUUUUGUUGGGUCUUAAGGAGGUGCUUCAAAAUCCAAAAGGAACAAGUGGGAGUGAGACAAAAAAAAAAGCAAUUUAUUGCAAAGAAGUAUUAAAGUGGAAGAGGCUGUUCAUCAGAAGCUGAAGAGCACAGCUUCUAAAAGGCAAAGUGCUGGUAAAAGUGUGGCAUGAAUGUGAUUUAGUGUCAGGUAUUCACACUGUUAAGAUCUCUUGAUGGGAAAGCUUUCUCUCUUGGAACGCGGUGGCAUUGUUGAGCUGCAUAAGCAAGGCUUCUCACAGCUGCUGAGGUUGGACGCAGUAAGACAGUCAUUUCAAACUUCUUCAAACAUACUGAGGCUCAUGAAGCAAAAAAAAAGUCAAGCGUUAGACCCAAAAAAUGAGCCGGAGGAUCCCAUUGGCAGUCCGUCAAGACACGGGACCAUCCUCGGCCCAAAUGAAGGUUGUUACAGGUGCCAAGUGCGGUCCAAUAACCAUCAGACUGCAUCUGCCUGAGAAGAAACAACAUCUUCACAGGCCUGGUCUCCUACAAGAAUUAGCAGGAGAGCACCAAACAUGGGACAUUGAAAGGUGGAAGAAAGUUUUAUUCUCCCUUGACGGUCCUUAUGGCUUCCAACGUUACUGGCAUGACGAGGAGAUCCCGCCUGAGAUGUUUUCCACACGGCACAGUAGAGGGGGCGCCAUCAUGAUCCUUCAGUGGAACAAUGGAUCUUCAGGUUGUGCAGGGGCGUCAAACGGCAGCCGGCUACAUGGAGAUGCUGCGGGGGCAUCGCUCAUGACUGAAGGCCCUCGUCUGUGUGGUAAUGACUGGCUUUUUCAACACGACAACACUUACAGGACAACACUUCACAAAGGACUUGAGUUCCCAAGUUUAAGCCCUGGCGGAGGUCCCUGUGUUGCUCUUGAUUGCAUUCAGUUUUGUAUUAAAUGUGAUUCUAAAGCUGAAUUCCUAACCCAGAUGUUGGGCAGAUGAUAAAAUUGUAUGUUUGUGAAGUUGUGGACUUUUUUCGCCUCACUAUUUGUUCCUGUUCCUGCCUUUUCAGAUAAAACGUUGGCCUCAUGGCAGCACCAAUGUGACGGAAACAUCAUCCUGGACCAAAAGCCUGCAGACCACCUCAAUCUCACCACGCCAGAACUUUCCCUCGACGUCCCUCAAACCCCACAGGCCACCAUUUGCACCUGGACCCUGGACAUCCCACCCGGUCGGACACUUCUCUUAAAGCUGGUGUGGACCGACGUUGGGGCGAGCGCUUCGUUGCGGUGCUUCUGGAGAGAGGACAGUCGGGUUCUGGCGAGCGGCGAGAUUGUCCAGCUAUCCAACUGUGAGCAUGCUAAUCUGACUUGGACAGGAAGUGGACGCUCCUUACAGGCCCUCCAGCUCUUCUAUUACGUUCAGGAAGAGCAGCAGAAUUCCACCGAGGAGUACACCAGCCCACAUUCCCACUCGGACCUCGCUGCUCCAUCCCAGGCAGGGUCCAGCUACACAACAACCACUUCUGUGGGGGUGACGGAGCAGGCCAGAGGUCACCUCCAUGGAGGGGGGCUGCUGUGGUCCACCGCGCCCCGGACGGGACUCACCGCGGCUGGGAGCGGCGAUAGCGAAACUCUCCCUCUUCCUGAGGAAGUCACGAACAAUGGAGAGGAAGCAUCUGGUAGCGCUCGCCAGAACACACACGCUCACACGCCGGUUCUGACCCAAAACACUCCAACAAGUCCGACCCUGAGCAGCUCCAGUGGCGCACCCGUCACAUCGUCCCUCGCCAGCAGGGGGCAUCAAAGCACCCAAUGGGAAGCUACAACAUCCCCUGCUGGUACUGAUGACCUGAAUGCUGACCCCGCCUCCUCAUUAGGGUCAACGCUGCCCACUUCUAUGGGGACACAACCUCCCCCUGCCCCCAUGACAAAGCUGCACCCGCGUGUCACAUGUUCUCACCAGAACCUCAGCCAGGCUGACUCAUCCCUUGUCCCUAGUGGGACAGACACGUCUUUCACUUCUGACUCGCUGACCCAAAUUCCUUUCAUACCCUCACACGCAGCAACAACACAAAGCGAACAAAGAAACAUGAACACACACUCACCGGACGCCACACAGUGGACGUCGGGUUCUUUUUGGACCACAGGAGAUAGCACGGCGGCGUCUGGAGAUGUCCUGACUUUAGCAGGCUCAGAACGUGUUCCCCAGGAGACACCUGGACAUGCAACAACACAUCAGAACCAGCCUUCAGUACCCCCUUCCAUCCUGGACUACACCACCGGAACCCCCACUGCAAAAGAAGACGUGUCUCACAGUAGCACCACCCCCCAAACAGCACCACGUCCAAACCUGGAGGUCCAAUCCACUUCUACACGCAGAACGUUGAGUCCCGCCACUAUCCAGCCGCCCCGAGUCUACGUGGUGCCGGACCAGCCCGCUGCCAUUGGAGUGGAGUCCAUCCAGCUGCUGCUGCAGAUCAUCCUGGAGGAGGCCGCUUCUGCAUCAGGUCCUGACUUGGAGGAGGACACCCGUGCUUGGGUGGAGCCAUACCUGCAGAGAGCACCGGGGUUCAGCAGGAUGCAAGGAGUGUGGGGCAGCGGUCACGCCGUGCAGAUCCUACUGGAGUUUGACACCAGAGGCGCGCUGCAGUGGCUCGCCCCGCCGGGAGCCUCCUCGCUACUGGAGCACACCGGAUUGGCUCGGGCCGCUCGUGAGGGGAGGAGCUUCAGGUGGUCCAAGGUGGUCAACAUCACGCUUGGAGGCGUGCAGGCGGACGUCUGUGAUUGGCUGCUUGAAUGUCCAGCAGGCUUCCAGUGUGCUUCUCGGCUCGGUUCUUCCAACUUCAGCUGCUCCUCCUCCUGCCACUUUGAGUUGUGCCGCCACCACGGCAUCUGCACGCACCACCCUGGCCAACUUCCUGUUUGUCGCUGCCUGGUAGGUGAAGACUUCUGGUUCAUGGGUGCGAGAUGCGAUGUGAGGAUGACGAGGGCGCGGCUGGUCGGGACGUGCACGGCCAUCCUGCUCAUCAUGGCGGUGCUCAUCGCCGUUCUGGCCUUUGUGGCCGUGAGACGCUACCGAGACGCUCUGAUUCAGGCCAAAGUGGACCAGACCAGGAGCAGCUACCGCAGGUUCAACCACUUUGACGAGCUGUCGGCUCGCUUCUGGCAGCGCUCGGCGGACUCGGUGGACAAUCCCGCCUUCACGCGCUCCGACGAGCUGCUGCACCUGCGGGCCCUCGACCGGACCUGCUGUUACCACGACGAUACUCUGUCGCUGGCCUCCACCUGUGCCAGCCACGCCACACGCCUCAACACCAUCUACCCCAACAGCUCCCAGUACGCUUGGCGAGGCAGCGAGAUGAGCGUGGGCGACGGCGUGCUGGACUCGGGUAAAGCCAGUGACCUCUCGGUGUGCAGCUGGCCCGUAGAACCCAUUCACUGGACCCCCUUCCCGCUCCUGCAGCAGCUGGCCUCGCAAAGGACACACCCGGUGAGUCUCCGGGAAGAUGUUGCUUGUUGUGUCGGGCGCAGUGAUGAUUGGCGAUGGCCGGUGUCCACACAGGUGCGCACGUCUAGGCCGCGCUCGUACUGCGAGGGCAUGGAGCUGACGGACCUCAGCCGGAGCUGGACCGCCUGAUCGCAGAUGAAUGAAAUGUUCUUGUGUACAUAAAUGAUGUCGCUUGUCGUACAAUAAACUAUCUGCUGUA